GCGUAUAAAGACAAAUAAGUUGCAUAGGUGUAGUCUUUAGUUAAUGAUACCCACUUUGUUUGUUUUUUUGUACGUUUAAAUGUGUUCUUAUUCAAGACACUCAUUUGCAGCUUGUCAUGGAAGUAAAACUUUUACUGGCUUGUUUUGUUAUGUUUCUGUUGUGGGAUGGUGCCCAGUCUCGAUCUGAAGGACGAGAGUUUGCCACUGUGUUCAUGCAAAACUAUGUUUCCCCUUUGAACCAGUCACUUUUUCAGCUUUAUAUCACCUCUGUGAAUUCUAAUUGUCAAGUCAAAGUCCGCGUGCCCAGUCUCAGUUUUACCCAGGGGGUGCAACUGACUGCAGGUCAGGGCUUCACUGUGACCCUCCCCGUACAGGUCGAGCUGUAUGGCACCAGGAGGUCCCCCAAAACUGUCCUCAUUCAGGCAUCUGAUGACAUAACGGUUUUCUCACUCAACUCAAAAGAACACACGGCAGACACAUCCCUGGUCUACCCCUUGAGUGAAUGGGGUACUGAAUAUUUUGUGUUCACCCCCACCAACUCCCCUCCAUCCAUGCUGAAGGAGUUUGUGCUUGUCAACAGUAAAAAGCAGAACACUGUGGAAGUGUUCCUUAAAGCGGCGGUCCGGUUCGAAGGUCACUCAUACGGUGUCGGCAGUAAACUAGUUGUAGUCCUGGACCCUUUCGAAAAUGCACAAAUUCAAAGCCAAGGAGACCUCACAGGAACCAGCGUAUCCUCAAAACUUCCCAUUGCCGUGUACUCGGGCCACAUGUGCACGUGGCGCUUUUCUAAGUGCAAUCACGUUUAUGAGCAACUCCUGCCGGUCCAAAGCUGGGGAACUCACUUCCCGGUUGCUCCAUUUAGCAUUCAGAGCCAGUUCGACAGCAUCUAUAUCCAAGCAUCACAGUCAACAAAUAUAACCGUUCAAUUUGGCCGUACUACAUUAACUGCCGUUCUUCAGCGUGGGCGCAUUGUAGAGUACAAAAUCCAGUCUCCAAAUGGCCUUAAUGUCAUUGCUGACAAUGGAAUCCAAGUGUUUUUUCUGUUUAAUGGUGUGCGAACAUCCCGUGGUGUCAUAUAUGACCCAUUUCUUAUGAAUCUUCUGCCCAACAACCGUUUUUGUUCCUCGUACGCACUUGACGGGAUAGCUGCUGGAUUUGACAACCGAGCUCUCCUGAUUGUUCCUACUAAUGAAAAAAUGGGGAUUAUUUUGUCUUUUCCCGGGAGUGUUCAAUGGAGGGUUAUCAAUGGCAGCGACUACUCCUGGACUGAACUGGUUUACCCAGCUGAUGCAUACAGACACGAAGUAAGCCAUCCAAACGCUUCCUUUGUGGUGUACAGUGUGGGUGUAAUGCAAGUGAAUGGAUAUGGAGCUCCAGCCCAAUGCACCGAUCAAGAUGUGCCAACACCUAACACUUGCUUCAACAUCAUCUGUAGUGAGGAUGAGGAGUGCCAGAUGAAGGGUCCCUACCCCACCUGUGUGAAGAAGCCAAACGGAAUCUGUUGGGCAAUGGGCGACCCUCACUACUGCACAUUUGACCAGCGUUACUUUGACUUCAUGGGCACUUGCACAUAUGUUGUCACCAGGAACUUGCAGGAAAAUGACAGUCUUCCAGCUUUUGAGGUCCUGGCUAAGAAUGAAAACCGUGGUGACACAAGAGUCUCUUACGUGGCACAUGUAAUUGUGAAUUUUGGUGGUAUCAUCAUCAGCAUUGAGAGUUGUCAGCCUGGGAAAGUCAAGAUUGACCGGAGUGUGUGGAGCCUUCCUGUGGUUCUUGAUGAUGUUGGGGUGUCCAUGUUCCAGUCCGGCAGCUUCAUCACCAUCCUGUUUUCUUUUGGGCUGAGUGUGCAGUAUGACUGGGACCACUAUCUCAUGGUCUCCCUGCCCACUGUCUUCAUGGACCAGGUCUCUGGACUCUGUGGCAACUUCAAUGGUGAUCCUAAGGAUGAUUUCACUAUGCCUUCGAACACCCAGGCUGACAGUGCAACAGAAUUUGGCCGGAGUUGGAAAGUUCAUAACUUAACAUUGGAUGAGGGCUGUAGCAAUGAUGGUUGGAACCUUGGAUGUGAUGCUGAAUCACUUAAGCAAUGGCAGGGUGAAAAGUACUGUGGACUCUUAAUAAUGGCACCAUUCAGUCAGUGUCAUUCUGUUAUUGAGCCACGUAUUUACAUCCAGAACUGCAUGUAUGAUGUUUGUAUGACAGAAGGGCAGAGAAGCUACUUAUGUAAGGUGUUCGAGGUCUAUGCAAGUGCAUGUCAACAUGUUGGGAUACAGCUAACCAACUGGAGAGAAGCAGCCAAUUGUUCUUACAGAUGCCCAGAGAACAGCCAUUAUGAGUUUUGUGGUAGCGCUUGCCCUUUGACCUGCAUGGGCCUCGGGUCUCCUGUGAACUGCACAUUACCCUGUGUCGAAACAUGCGCUUGUGACCCAGGUUUUGUUCUGAGUGGAUCUAAAUGUGUACCUUCAGCCCAAUGUGGCUGUUCCUACAAUGGACACUACAUUCCCGCUGGUGAGACUUUCUGGGCGGAUGAUGCUUGUCAGCGGCUUUGUCGUUGCUCCAAGGAGGGUGGACAUCUAGAAUGCCAGGAUGGAGGCUGUGGGACAAGACAGCACUGCCAGGUGGAGAAUGGCAUUAGGGAUUGUUAUCCCGUCUCUCAAAGCACCUGUAUGGCACUGGGCGACCCCCACUACUACACCUUUGACGGGAAUCAUUUCGACUUCCAGGGUAACUGUGUGUAUCAGUUGGUUGGGCUUAAUGUCUCCGAUCCUGGACUGGUGCCCUUUGAUGUGCUGGUGCAAAAUGACUUCCGGGGAAGCAAAGUGGUGUCAUUCACUAAAUUACUGGAGAUCAGAGUGUACAAUACCACCAUUGUCAUUGAUAGAGAAUACAGUAGUUUUGUUACCGUCAAUGGUGAGCUGUUGAACCUUCCCCUCAAUCUUUUUGAAGGUCAGAUUUCUGUUUUCAGAAGUGGCUGGUCUGCUGUCGUUCAAACCUCUUUUGGUCUCAAAGUCACGUUUGAUUGGAACAGCUUUGCAACCGUCACCGUCCCCAGCACCUACAUGGGUGCCAUCUGUGGCCUCUGUGGGAACUACAAUGGAAAUCCAGAAGAUGAUCUGACUGUCAGAGGAACGGCAUUACCUGCUUCAGGAUCGUUGGAGUUUGGUGCCAGCUGGAGUGUAGCCGAGAUCCCAGACUGUGUCCAUGGCUGCACAGAGAGUUGUCCGGAUUGUGACCCGACCAGAAGGAGUGUCUAUGAGACGUCUGAUUUCUGUGGGGUGCUGCGUGACCCAGAGGGGCCUUUCAAGGACUGUCAAACUGUGCUGAACCCUGCUCAGGUUUUUGAGGAUUGCGUUUAUGAUGUCUGUUUGUAUAAUGGAAGGAGAGAUCUAUUAUGCCAGGCCAUAACGGCAUAUGUAUAUGCCUGUCAGGCAAUGGGAAGGACCAUCAGCCCCUGGAGAACUGCUGAAUUUUGUGGUGUUCAGUGUCCUGUCCACAGCCACUAUGAGCUCUGUGGCUCUGGUUGUGAAGUCACCUGUCAUAGUUUGGCUCCUCCCACUGGCUGUCGUAGCCCCUGUAUGGAGGGCUGUGUGUGUGACGAGAGCUACAUCAGGAGUGGGGACCGCUGCGUCCCCUUCUCUCAGUGUGGGUGUCUCUAUGGCAACCGCUACUACUUGCUUUACCAACAGUUCUAUCCUGACAGUAACUGUGAGCAGGUGUGCACUUGUUUACCAGAUGGCCAGGUGGUCUGUAAUAAAUUGUCUUGUGGCCCCUAUGAGAAGUGUGAGUUGAUGGACGGCGUUCGCAGAUGCCAGCCAAUUGGGCAGGCCAUUUGUGAAGCUUCUGGAGACCCACACUAUGUGUCCUUUGAUGGGAUGCGCUUUGAUUUUCAAGGCACCUGUACCUACAUUCUGUCCCAAACCUUUGGCCUGGAAUGGACCAACCUGACCCCUUUCUCCAUCCAGGUGGAGAAUGAGAGAUGGUGGCCCAAUAGUUAUCAAAAAGUCUCGGUUACCAAGCAAGUGGCUUUAACAGUCUACGGCAGCACCAUCAUCUUAAGGCAAAACGAGCCCCAGAUCUUGAUCAAUGGGGUUCUGACUAAUCUUCCAUACAGUUCAAACAGUUUAAAUGGCUCCUUGGUCCAGGCCUAUAAGGACGGUGUUAACUAUGUCAUCAAGACUGGCUUUGGUCUCAAAGUAACCUAUGACCUGUCUUACUAUGUCACUGUUACCAUCCCCGGCAACUACCGCCGCAAAACCGGUGGACUCUGCGGCAACUUUGACGGAGACCCUUCCAAUGACUUCAGGCUGCCAGACGGCAAUGUUACACAGGAUGUGAAUAUAUUCAGGAGAGCCUGGAAAGUGCAUGUCCCCGGAGUGGUGUGUGAGGAAGGAUGUGAAGGCGACGCAUGUCUGGACUGUAAUCCUCGACUGAAAGCCGUCUUUGAGAAGCCUCCCUACUGCGGAGUUCUGGUUGACCCUAACGGGCCGUUUGCCGCCUGUCAUACUGUGGUGAACAGUUCUGCUUAUCUGAAUGAUUGUGUCUUUGAUGCUUGUGCUUCUGACGGCAACAGCAAGGUGGUUUGUGACAGUCUGGCGAGAUAUGCUUUUAGUUGCCACACAGCUGGGGUCGGUAUCCAAAACUGGAGGACAGACUCUUUUUGCCCAAUGUCAUGUCCCGCUCACAGUCAUUAUGAGCUGUGCUCAGACGUCUGCUCUGCUGCCUGCCCUGGUCUGACUGCUAUAGUCCAGUGUUCCAAAACCUGCGCAGAGGGCUGCACUUGUGAUAAUGGUUAUCUUUUUGAUGGCCAGCAAUGCGUUGAACACCAGCAGUGUGGGUGCUAUGAUCAGGGACACACGUAUAAGGCUGGAGAGGUGGUUUACCUGGGCAACUAUAAGCAAAUGUGUCGGUGUGAUCCUGGGAAGGGACUUACCUGUGAUGAUCCUUGUCGAGACCUCCACUGUCGUGAGAAAGAGACAUGCCGCUUUGAACGUGGCAAGGCUGUGUGUGUGCCCCUGUACAGCAGCAUGGGGUGCUUGGCAUGGGGUGAUCCACACUACCACACCUUUGAUGGCUACAAAUAUGACUUCCAGGGCACCUGCAGAUAUGUCUUGUCUAAGACCUUUGGGAAUCUGAGUGGACUGGUGCCCUUCUCAGUAACACAGAGCAAUGAAAACCGUGGCAACCCUGAUGUGUCUUAUGUGCGAGAGGUGGAAGUUACUGUAUAUGGCCAAACUCUAACCUUAGUGAAGCACCAGAUGGGACAGAUCAUGGUGGAUGGUUUACGGUUUUAUCUUCCAUUUGAACUUCAUGAUGGCCGUGUGAGGGUGCGACAGAGUGGCAAUGCUGCUCUGUUGGAAACCGACUUUGGUCUGCGUGUCUCUUUCAACUGGAACUCAAGGGUUCACCUGCAUCUGCCCAGCAGUUACUAUGGAGUUGUGUGUGGCCUGUGUGGAAAUUUCAACGGUAAUGGUGAAGAUGAGCAAAGAGACCCUUCUGGAAACCUUCUGCCAAGUCUGUACCAGUGGGCAAAGAGCUGGAGAGCAGAAGACCAUGUCACAUCUUCAUGUCACGAUGGCUGUGAGACCGAUUGCCCAAUUUGCUCUCGUGACCUACAUGCCCUCUAUGAAACGGACGCUUUCUGUGGUGUCCUGACAUCAACAGGCCAGAGUGUCUUUAGUGCAUGUCAUGUUAAAGUGAACCCACAGGCGUUCCAGCAAAGCUGUGUGUAUGAUCUGUGCUUCAAUAACGGAGACCGACGACUUCUCUGUCAGGCUCUGGAGACUUAUGUCGAUCUGUGUCAUCAAGAGGGUGUCGUCAUUACAGAUUGGAGAGGGAUAUUCAAUUGCUCUAUGAGCUGCCUGCCCAACAGUCAUUAUGAGGCCUGUGCGCCUCAGUGUCCAGCGACGUGUCCGUACCCAAAUCAGCAGCUAAAUUGCACAGAUACCUGUGUGGAAUCCUGUGUGUGUGACAGCGGAUUUGUCCUCAGCGCUGGCACUUGUGUGCCCACCAAUCAAUGUGGCUGCUUCUAUGAAAGCGCUUACUACCAACAAGGCCAAACUUUCUGGGCUGAUGAAAAGUGUCAUCAGCUUUGCAAAUGUGACCAAAGUUUGGCUGUUGUGUGUCAUGAAUCGUCUUGUGCCCCUGAUGAGAGCUGCUUGGUCAUUAAUGGAAGUCGUGGCUGUCAUGCAAUGAGUGCCGCCGUAUGUGUAGCGGCAGGAGACCCACAUUACAGCACAUUCGACGGACUCCAUUUUGACUUCCAGGGCACAUGUGUGAAUCAGUUGGCAGCCCUAUGCAUUGAUAAAGAUGGUCUGGUACCUUUUAAUGUGACCAUUCAGAAUGAUCAUCGUUGGAGCAGCGCAGUGAGCUUCACCAAGAUGGUCAAUGUGACUGUGAAUGGGUUCACCAUCACAUUGACCAGCGAACAUCCGUAUCAAUUACUGUUUGAUGGCCAGUUAGCAGAGCUUCCUCUUUUGAUGCAAGAUGUGUUUGUAGUUGUCCGGAGUGGUAACAUUGCUGUUGUGAAGACAAACUUUGGUCUCCAGGUGACCUUUGACUGGUCCAAUGUGGUGAGCGUCACUUUGCCUAAGAAUUACAGUGGUGCAGUCUGUGGACUCUGUGGAAACUUCAACGGUGUUGCUCAGGAUGACCUUGCAAUGCACAAUGGUAUGAUGGCACCCAAUGCCAGUAGUCUGGGACAGAGCUGGCAGGUUGCUGCAACACCUGGCUGUUCCUCCGCUGGUUGUGUUGGUGCUGGAUGCUCAACCUGCACUGCGACCCAGAGGGAGAACGCCCAGCGCUACUGUGAGAUCAUCACAAACCGGACAGGGCCUUUCAGAGAAUGUCAUGCUCAGAUUGAUCCCAGAUCUUACCUAGAGGAUUGCAUAUUCGACACCUGCCACUUCCAAGGACAUCAGGCUGUGUUAUGUGACGCAGUGGCAGCCUAUGCAUCUGCUUGUCAGAGUCAAAAUGUCACGGUUUACCCGUGGAGAAAUGCUACAUUCUGCCCUCCAUCCUGCCCACCCAACAGCCACUACAACCCCUGUGCUCCAGGCUGUACCGAGACCUGCGUUAAUCUCUCGGUGCACAACUGCAGCAGACCCUGUGCUGAGGCUUGCCAGUGUGAUCGGGGUUACAUUUUGAGCGGCCAAACCUGUGUGCCACAAGCAGAAUGUGGCUGCUUCUAUCGGGGACGCUAUUAUAACAAACACCAGAUGUUUUACACCCAUGAGCAAUGCUUGGAGCGCUGCGUGUGUGGGCGAAAUGGAACGGUUUCCUGCCAGAAAUCAAGUUGUGCUCCAGGAGAAGCUUGCAGGGUGGUGGAUGGAGUAUUGGGAUGCCACCCUGUCAGUUAUGGAAGAUGUGUGGCGACUGGUGACCCUCACUAUUUUUCUUUUGAUGGCAGAAUUUUUGACUUUCAAGGCACAAGUGUUUAUACACUCGCUAAGGUGUUUGAUCAGGGCAAAGGAUGGCUGGUGAAUUUUUCUGUGCACUCCAAGAAUGAGCAGAUUGGAAACCGAGGGGUUUCUCUCAUCGAGACCUUGACUGUGACUGUUUACAACCUGGCAAUCCGCAUCAAACGAGGUGAACGCUGGAAAGCCAUCGUGAACAAUGAAAUUGUCACCCUCCCUUCAUCUUUUGGCCAUCAAGUCACCAUUAACCGGGUUGGUCAAAGUGUCCAAGUGCAAACCGAUUUUGGCUUGAGAGUUCUGUAUGACGCCAGUUACCACGCAGAAGUCCAUGUACCCUCAAACUAUCAAGGCCACAUGUGUGGACUGUGUGGAAACUACAAUGGCAACCCAGCAGAUGACUUCUUGUUGCCCAAUGGCACACAAAGCACCAGUGUCAAUGCAUUCGGACAGGCGUGGGCAUUGCCAGGAACUGGUGUUCAGAGCGGAGGUGCAAGUUCCCCGCAGCAGUGCGAUCAGACCAAAGCUGAGAGUUACCGCAGAGGUGAUGCCUGUGGCCUUAUGGCAGCUGUCACUGGUCCGUUCAGUGCCUGUCAUGAUCAAGUGAAUCCUGAGCAACAUGUGAUUAACUGUGUAUUUGACAUGUGUGUCAUGGAUGGAGACAGAGCGAUGCUGUGUGAAAAUCUUCAGGCUUAUGCCAUUAUCUGCCAACAAGCCGGGAUACAAAUCAUGCCAUGGAGAAAUGGUUCAUUCUGUUCGGUGGACUGUCCAGCUAACGGUCACUAUUCACAGUGCUCUAAUAACUGUGCCAAUACCUGUGCCAGCCUCAGCAGGACCAUUAACAACUGCCCAGAUAUUUGCAUGGAAGGCUGUCAGUGUGAUGAAGGUUUGCUCUCAGAUGGUGACGCGUGUGUACCUGUGGGAGACUGUGGAUGUGUCCAUAAUGGCAAAUACCUAAAGGUUGGUGAAGUCUUAAUGACUUACACCUGCAACAUGAAGUGUGUGUGUCGUGCCACUGGGCUGCUUGAGUGUGUGAGCCAAACCUGUGCCAGAGGAGAGAUCUGUGAAGUUCGGGAUGGUCAGCGAGAUUGUUACACUGAUCAAGGCCACUGUGUAUUUGAUGCCAAUGACCAGUUGCAGUCCUUUGAUGGUGUGAAGGGGAUGGUGGAGCGGCCGGGAGCCUUUCAAAUGGCUUUCUUAUGUGAUCAAGAGUCUCCUGACUGGUUCCGUGUGGUGUUAGAUGUACAUGCAUGUGCUAGGAAUGGUUCCGGUAAUGUGACAAUGGUCCACAUCUUCUUCCAGGACAUGAUCAUCACAGUCAACAAUUACAGGCAUAGCUGGGUGAAUGGAAAGAAGGUCUCCUAUCCCAUCAUGCCUAAAGAGGGGGUGUCAGUCUCAUACACAAAUGAGGCUGUGAUCAUUGAGAAAAUGUCUGCCAUGAGACUGACUUACAUUCACACUGAAGGGAUUGUGCUAUCCAUUAGCAGAGACCUGACAGACAAAGUUUGUGGUGCUUGUGGCAACUUUAAUGGAGUCACUGCAGAUGAUAUGACAACUUCUGAUGGAAGAAACUCCACUAUGAUGUCUGUGGUUAUAUCAUCCUGGCCGGCUCAAGACUUCUUUACAUGUGUGUAACAAACCUGGAAAGACUUCGCUCACACAGAUUUCCAUCUAAUAUAGGAGUUGUAAAUUUGUAUGUAUUGGGUUUAGAAUGAUGCUUUGGUGUAAACUCAAUGCUUUUAGUCUGAUCUUGUUACUGCAUUUUUACGAAUUGAAAUUGUGCACAUUAAAAUACACUUCUGAAAUCUUUCUCC